CAGGCAACCCGCAUUGUGGGGGAGCCGUUGCGUCCUGGGGAAGGUAACCUCGGCCUAAGUCGCAUGUCUGGGAGGCGAUACGCCCCCCUCGCCGUUUUAAACCGUAGAUUGCUGCCCUGCUCCCUUGGGGAGACGUGACAACUUGAUCUACGGUAAUAUACGAGCGUUGACCUCUCAAACCAACCGCGGCAGUCCACAUACAACCACCUUCGUACCACAAGUGCCUUGUUCUCCAUACAGGCUUUUGCCCCUCCCUUCCCCUACCCUUUCGCAGAAUGAGGUCCUUCGUAAGAGCAUUGCGCCCUGCGGUGCGAAGGAGUCAAGCUGUUUCCGCGCCGAGGAUACAGAGGGGGACGCAAGCGGGCUUCCCCGCCUUACAAUGCGGCCGUCCAUUCUCGACAACACACACCCGCCGCGACGCCAGCCUUGCUGAUGUCGCCCCGACACCCAUCACCCACUUCUCGGAGGUCGAGACUGCCAUGGCGGAGACGGUGCAGAAGUUCGCCAACGAUGUGAUUCUGCCCAAGGUGCGCGAUAUGGACGAGGCUGAGCAGAUGGACCCGGCGGUCGUGGAGCAGCUGUUUGAGCAAGGCCUCAUGGGGGUGGAGAUCCCUGAGGAGUACGGUGGCGCUGGGAUGAACUUCACUGCUGCGAUUGUCGGGAUUGAAGAACUCGCCCGCGUCGAUCCGUCCGUGUCGGUCAUGGUGGAUGUGCACAACACGCUCGUCAACACGGCGGUGCUGAAAUGGGGCAGCGAGGCGCUCAAGAAGAAGUACCUCCCCAGGUUAGCCACCAACACCGUGGGUUCCUUUUGCUUGUCUGAGCCCGUCAGUGGCUCCGAUGCGUUCGCUCUGGCCACCAAAGCGACUGAGACGGAGAGUGGAUUCAAGAUCAGCGGCGGCAAGAUGUGGAUUACCAACAGCAUGGAGGCCGAAUUCUUUAUUGUGUUUGCCAACCUCGACCCGAGCAAGGGCUAUCGCGGCAUCACGGCGUUUAUCAUGGAAAAGGGCAUGAAGGGGUUGAGCAUCGCUAAGAAGGAGAAGAAGCUGGGUAUCAAAGCCAGCAGCACUUGCGUGCUCAACUUUGACGACGUCGAGGUGCCCAAGGAGAAUCUCCUUGGUGAAAAGGGACAGGGCUACAAAUACGCCAUCUCUCUCUUGAACGAGGGACGCAUCGGCAUCGGCGCCCAGAUGACGGGCCUCGCUCUUGGCGCGUGGGAGAACGCGGUUAAGUACGCGUGGAACGAUCGCAAGCAGUUCGGCAAGUUGGUUGGCGAGUUCCAGGGCAUGCAACAUCAGAUUGCCCAGUCAUACACCGAAAUCGCUGCGGCUCGCGCCCUCGUGUACAACGCAGCCCACAAGAAAGAAGCCGGCGAGGACUUCGUCAUGGAUGCUGCCAUGGCGAAGCUGUACGCUUCGCAGGUUGCCGGUCGUGUGAGUAGCUUGGCUGUCGAGUGGAUGGGAGGCAUGGGCUUCGUCCGCGAGGGUUUGGCGGAGAAGUUCUUCCGGGACAGCAAGAUUGGGGCCAUCUACGAAGGCACAAGCAACAUCCAGCUUAACACCAUUGCCAAACUCCUUCAAAAGCAAUACACUGUCUAGUUGUGCAUAAAGCCUGCGACAGUCAAUAAUCAACGGCGUUCUGGCUUGGGCGAUAGGGUUCAGACGGGGUUGACUUGGAUCUUUGUUAUAGACGGUCAAAUGUCAUUCUUGGGAUUGUUGAAAUGACCUGCUUCGAUGUCUCGCUCGGUGCUCACGAUAAAGUGUGCCUGUGCUCGGGGCGUAAGGUUCUGUCUAAC